CCUCCCCUCAGAUGCGCAUCAUCCAGCGCUCGCGCUCCCUCACUUCAGCACUCGCGUUUCUCAAGUGCGCGUCUUCUGCAUUUAACGCCAGCAUCAUUCGAGGUAGAGCGACACACACAGAGGCGAGAGGGAGAGAGGAAUACGGACACUUCGAGUAGAUAGACGCCCGAGACAAGGUCGACUGAGUCUCGCGAUCCGUUCUGCGUGUCUCGCGCUCGGACGCUCCAGACGCGGGCGCGUGUGUUUUGCGCUGUCUCCUCUCCACGCGUCGGUUUCCAGGGGUCUUAAAUCUGGAGGCGAGGACCCGGGGAUGAGCCUGCUGUCGAGGGGCUUCGGCAUGGCGGGCUGGGGGUUCCGUUGGGUUCUGGUUCUGGUGCUGCUCGCGCUCUGGAGGCCCGGGACCGCUUGUCCGGAGCUCUGCACGUGCACGGGCGUGCGGAUCUCGUGCGUGGAUGCGGAGCGCAGUAUUAUGGCUUUUCCAAUGUUGCAGUCCGAGGCAGAGAUGGAGAAUAUCACAGACAUAUACAUUGCAAAUCAAAGCAGUUUCACAUCCAUUAAUGAAAAAGAUCUCAACUUGUACCGCAACCUCAGAAACUUAACUGUAACAAACACGAAACUCACAUAUAUUUCGAGGCAGGCCUUUCAGAGCAACCUGAAACUACAAUAUCUGAAUCUCAAAGAGAACAAUCUGUCGUAUCUAUCCUGGAGGACUUUUCAUCAUUUAAACAUUUCAUCCCUGUUGCUGGCAGGCAAUACUUUGCAGUGCUCGUGUGAAAACGUGUGGUUGAAGCAGUGGAGAGGAGAGGAGUCCGAGGAGCUGAUGUGUGUGGAGGAGGGAGGGAAGAGGAGAGCUCUGGCUAUGCUCACACUGCCCAACUGUGUUCUCCCCACUGUGACUCUCAAACCCACAAAAGUGACCAUGCGGAAAGGGUUCAAUGUGACGCUGGUGUGCAACACGUCAGGAACGCCCACGCCUAAUCUGAACUGGAACACCUGCAAAUUAAACUCAGCGCACCAGAAAGAAGGCUCAGGUCAGAUGUCAGAGCUCAAGCUCAAGCUCUUGGAUGUCUCCUCUCUGGACAACGGAUGCAAAAUCACCUGCAGAUCUGAUAACAUGGUGGGAGAGUCUGAGGCGUCUGUGCAUCUGGACAUACUGUUUGCCCCUGUGAUCAGCAAGCUGAUGGAUGCGAUCUCAGACCACCAUUGGUGCAUUCCCUUCAGCGUGGCGGGUAACCCAGAGCCGAAACUGAGCUGGUUUCUAAACGACCAACCCUUGGAAGAGGGCAGCUUUAUCCAUACCAUGAUCCACGAUUAUUCAGAGGGGGAAUACCACGGUUGCUUACAGCUGGACAGUCCCACACACAUCAACAAUGGAAAAUACACGCUGAUGGCCAGGAAUACAUACGGAGAGGACAGCAAGGCAGUAUUCGCUCAUUUCAUGGAAGAGCCGUGGAUCAACGUUACUGAUCCGCUGUAUUAUGAUCCCACUACAGAUGACACUCCUCUUGGACCGCCUGAGGACAAAGUUGCUGUGUACGUGGUCGUGGGAAUCGCAGCAAUCACAUUCACAGGCUUCAUCUUGAUGCUUGUCAUUCUGAAGUUUGGACGCAACUCAAAGUUUGGAAUCAAAGGUCCUUCCUCAGUCAUCAGUAAUGACGAUGACUCUGCCAGCCCUCUUCAUCAUGUGUCCAAUGGUUCUAACACACCCUCGUCCUCUGACAUGAACGCGGACGCCGUCAUCAUCGGCAUGACCAAGAUUCCCGUCAUAGAGAACCCGCAGUACUUCCGCAGCACCAGCAGUCUGCUCAAAUCUGAUACCUUUGUUCAGCACAUUAAGAGGCACAACAUUGUACUGAAGAGGGAACUUGGAGAAGGAGCGUUUGGGAAAGUGUUCCUGGCCGAAUGCUACAACCUGUCCGCAGAACAGGAGAAGAUCUUGGUGGCUGUCAAGACAUUGAAAGAGGCCAGCGAGAACGCCAGGAAGGACUUCCAUCGUGAGGCCGAGUUGUUGACCAAUCUGCAGCACGAGCACAUCGUCACGUUCUACGGAGUGUGUGUGGAGAGCGAUCCGCUUAUUAUGGUGUUCGAGUACAUGAAGCAUGGCGACCUCAACAAGUUCCUCAGGGCUCAUGGUCCUGAUGCGGUUCUGAUGGCUGACGGACAGGUACUGCAGCAGGCAGAGCUCACUCAGUCUCAGAUGCUUCAUAUUGCGCAGCAGAUCGCCGCAGGCAUGGUGUAUCUGGCUUCCCAGCACUUUGUUCACAGAGACCUGGCCACACGAAAUUGCCUAGUCGGGGAGAAUCUCCUGGUGAAGAUUGGAGACUUUGGAAUGUCCAGAGAUGUCUACAGUACAGAUUACUAUCGGGUUGGAGGUCACACCAUGCUGCCAAUUCGCUGGAUGCCACCAGAAAGCAUCAUGUACAGGAAAUUCACCACAGAGAGUGAUGUCUGGAGUCUGGGAGUGGUGCUGUGGGAGAUCUUUACCUAUGGGAAACAACCCUGGUACCAACUGUCAAAUAAUGAGGUGAUUGAGUGUAUCACCCAAGGUCGUGUACUCCAGCGACCCCGGACCUGUCCAAAGGAGGUGUAUGACUUGAUGCUGGGAUGCUGGCAGAGAGAACCCCACACCCGACUCAACAUUAAAGAGAUCAAUAACCUCCUCCUCAACCUGGCCAAGGCAUCACCGGUGUAUCUGGACAUCCUGGGAUAAGAGAGCAUAUGCCGCAUUUGGGACUGCGAGUGGAUCCCGGAAAUUAACCCCCCUCUUCUAUCCCACCCAAAAUCUCUUUCUUCUACAGCUUUAACACCUCCUCCCUUCCCCUUCUCCUCAUCGACUGCUCCUCUUCUCAAUGUAAACAUCUAGAUACAUUGGCAACAGGAUUGUGUCCAAUGACUAUGAAUUAUGUAUUUCUGAACAAAAAUGGAUUGAAUGGAAAGAGCCGUACUCAACUGACUAUAGUUUUACUUACAGUGAUCAAGAUCCCCAAUGGUCGAUCACCCUCAACUUCUGGACCAAGUUCACACCUGCAAAUUCCAGUUCAGUGAAAAAAUGGAUUCGGGACUUGAGGAAGGGUGUCCAUCUUAACAAAGAGGAAAUAUCAGCUCUGAACAAUGACCAAACUCAAAUGAGAGGAGAAAUAAACAACUUUUCUGCCCACUGGACAGAUUUGGUCCUUUCAGCUCCCAUCUGUUACGUCAUACAUCCGAUACAAAGCACAGAACGUGAAACUAGCAUGGUGAUUAACAGUGACAAACUGCAACUAUAUCUAUACGUGUACAUGUGUGUUUAUAAAACUGGAUGUUACCGACGUAGUUUCACAGUUCAUUCGCCUCUAAUUAAAUGCUUCUGGACGCUGACAGGAUGUUGGUGCUGCCGAGCAAAUCUGAAAUGCAAAGUAGUCCAUUAAAAUGUGUCGAGAACAUGGGUGUUAUUUAUAGUGGGACAUGUCCCCACUACUUUUGCCAUUGCUGAUUUUGUCCCACUACUUUAUGAAAUAGUUUGCAGCGGGUUUAUGUCCAGUGCAGUGAAUGCAUCUCCAGUUGUCCAG